AUGGCCUAUAACUUACAAAAGGAAGAGGAUGUUAAACAAUACGUGGAAAACUUAGGUAUCGAGUAUCGGUUCGGUUGUUAUCAUGAAAAAAAGCCAGAAGUAUGUCAACUUUUGGGCGACUACUUAGAAGCAAUAAAAAAGGAUUAUAGAAAAGCCGCUGUUGUCUAUAAAAACAAUUGUCUGGAUUAUAACUUUGGUAAAUCUUGCUUAAAAUAUGGAAACUACGCCUUAAUUGGGCGCGGACGGGAUAAGCCAGACCCUAAGGAAGCAUUGCAAUAUUUUGAAAAAGGAUGUGAACUAAGUGAUCCGGUAUCAUGUCUGCAUGCUGGUGUUUUGCUCACAAACACCGGUUCUGAAGUUACAGUUCAAAGGGAUGUACCUAAAGGUUACAACUACCUUAAGAAAAGUUGUGAUCAGAAUGACGAUAUGGCAUGCCAUUACCUGUCUGGAAUGUAUCUUGCUGGAGUACCAAGAAAUGUAGUAGACUACAAUCCACAUAAUCCAGAGAAAAACAAAAAUAUAGACUAUUUAAUUAAACCAGAUCUUAAGCAAGCAUUUCAGUUUGCAAAUAAAGCAUGUGAACUUGGUAAUAUUUAUGCUUGUGCUAAUAUCGGUAUCAUUGGUGGCUCUGGCUUCGACGAUCCCUCAUUGUUUGAAAACCCUAUUGAGCUGCAUGUGAACACGCCGUUUGGUAAACCCUCAGAUAUACUACUUCAGGGACAGAUAAAAGGUGUGCCAUGCGUGCUACUGGCGAGACAUGGACGCAAGCACCAGUACCAACCGAGUGAUGUCAACUACCGAGCCAAUAUUUGGGCACUGAAAGAGGCCGGAUGUACACACGUGCUUGCUACCACGGCCACGGGAUCUCUGGUUGAAGAAUACAAACCGGGAGAUCUCGUCAUUUUGGACGACUUCAUUGAUAGUGAUGUCAACUACCGAGCCAAUAUUUGGGCACUGAAAGAGGCCGGAUGUACACACGUGCUUGCUACCACGGCCACGGGAUCUCUGGUUGAAGAAUACAAACCGGGAGAUCUCGUCAUUUUGGACGACUUCAUUGAUAGGACAUGGGGUCGAAAAUGCACAUUCUACGACCGCACUGAAGGCGGCCCUAGAGGCGUGUGCCACUUGCCUAUGCGUCCGGCGUUUUGCGAGAAGUCGCGACGCGCUCUGUUCGACGCCGCGGUUUCUAGAGGAUAUAGAUGUCACGAGAAAGGAACCGCCGUAGUUAUACAAGGGCCUAGAUUUUCAAGUCGCGCUGAGAGCCUUAUGCACCGUCAGUGGGGUGGGCAUCUUGUUAACAUGACCACGGUUCCUGAGGUCGUGCUAGCAAAAGAGGCGGGCCUAAGUUAUGCUGCAGUCGCCUUAAUAACCGACUACGAUUGCUGGAGAGAAAAUGAAAAAUCUGUUACAGUGAGCGAAGUGCUGGCGAUGUUCGCGCACAACGUAAAGAAGGCGUCGAACGUAAUUUUGGACGCUGUGCAGAUAUUAGCGACGGACACCGACAUAGAAUAUUUGAAUGCGCAUCGGGAGCUGGUGACUUCGUCUAUAAUGUUAAAGGACUGA